AUGCUCACAGCAGUAACAAAUGCAACGGGAAAUUCGACUGGUGCUAAACUGAGGUGCUUGUACACGAAUGCCCAAAGCCUCAUAUCGAAACUUGACGAACUAAAACCUUGCCUUGUUGAGCUGUCUCCAGAUGUUUUAGCAGUAACUGAGACCUGGCUGUCCGGGAAUAUUAGCGAUAACGAAGUAGCCUUGCCUGGAUACCAAAUUUAUCGGAGGGACAGGGAACAUCGUCAGGGUGGUGGUAUCGUUGUGUAUGUGAAUGACGGUCUGGCAGUGUCGGAUAACACCACCAAGUUUGCGCGCAGUACGGAAGCUAUCUGGUUGACCAUCAAGGCUACCGGUUCCCCGUGUCUCGAUGUCCUCACUGUCUACCGACCACCUAGGACAGACCGAAUCGCCGACACUCAACUAUUGGAGCAGUUGGAGAAAUUUUCCAGUCGACCUAACAUCAUGAUCAUGGGCGACUUCAACGCACCAGGAACAAACUGGAAUACCCUUUAA